UCAACAGCUCCCAGACAGAUGAACUGCAGCAGUGUGUAACACGCGAGUCCACCAGAGACUCUGAGGCGAUGCUAAAGUCCUGCUGAGACUCAGAGACUCAGAGAGGAACUCAAACAGAUGCAUUGAUUAUGUGAACCAUCCAGAAACCAACAUUACAACGUGAGCAGCGCGUCGGCUCGCAGAGAGGCUGAGGUUACACUCUUUCAGUCUCCAGGAAACGACGAGGUUGCAGCAGUUGAAGAGAAACCACGUGAUGAAUCUCACUUCCUCUAACUGUCAGGACUCUGAUCGCACACCGAUGGCGGGUUCACGAAUCUCUGCUAAGCCUCCCUUGUUGAUGGAACCUCGGCUUGGAGCCGUUCAGAUGCGAAUGAAGAGCUCCCAAAGCUCCGGAGAGCGGCUCAGUCAGUCCAGAUCCAUGGUGCUGCAAGACUCCGACCUGCAGCAGAACCCUAUCUCCAGGCAUCGCAGGAAUCAGUCUCAGCACGGCGUCCUCGGGGUGGGAGGAGCCGAACCCCCGGAGCUGAAAGGAGACCUCCUGAAUGUGGCAAAGAUCUCAGACGGCGGGAAGAAGCAGAGGAAGAACUGGACCGGGAUGUGGGGCGAACUGACCUCAGAUCAGCUGCUGCUUCACAAAGAGAGACAACAGGAAGCUGGCAUGAAAGCAGGAGGUAAGACAGAUGUGGUCCAGCUGUGCGGGGCUGUGAUCGAGUGGACGCCAGACAAGUCCAGCAGGAAAAACGUCUUCCAGAUCACAACACACACAGGGAGUGAGUACCUCCUUCAGGCGGAGAGUUACUCCACGGCCAGUAAAUGGUUCGACGGCAUCAGAAAGACCGUCGACUCUUCCAGUAAACUCCCUCUGCGGCGGGCCAACAGCUCAGAGUUCCCGCCCAGACACAGCUCCCUCCCUGGACACGGAUCCACCAACACCAAGCAGCGCAACCCGGUUCACAGGCGCUCCAUCAAUAUGUUCGUCAGCUCCAAGCUGAAACACAGCGCCUCGGACAGCGCCGACAAGAACGGAGUGAAGAACCGACUGAAGAAGUUCAUCAUCAGACGUCCGUCCAUGAAGACCCUGCAGGAGAAAGGCCUCAUCAAAGAUCGAGUGUUCGGAUGCCACCUGCUGACUCUCUGUGAGCGAGAGGGGUCCACGGUGCCCAGCUUCGUUCAGCUCUGUUUGGACGCCAUCGAAAAGCGAGGUAUGGACGUUGACGGGAUCUACAGAGUCAGUGGAAAUCUAUCGACCGUCCAGAAACUCCGAUUCAUGGUGGAUCAGGAGGAGGCCCUGGACCUGGACCACAGUCAGUGGGAAGACGUCCACGUCGUCACUGGAGCUCUGAAGAUGUUUUUCCGGGAGCUUCCAGAGCCGCUGUUCCCCUUCAGAGCCUUCCAGCCCUUUGUGGAGGCCGUCAAGAUUAAAGAUUCCAGACAGAAGGUCCAGGCUGUUAAGAAACUGAUCCAGGAUCUGCCCCGACCCAACCAGGACACCAUGAAGCUGCUGUUCUCACACCUGCACAGAGUCCUGACGUUCUCCAGGCAGAACCUGAUGUCCACGCAGGGCAUCGGCAUCGUGUUCGGGCCCACGCUGAUGUGGCCCGAGCUGGACGGGGGGAACAUGGCCGUCAACAUGGUGUACCAGAACCAGAUCAUAGAGUUCAUCCUCAUUGAGAGCCGCGACAUCUUCAGCCUGGACAGGAAGUAGUUUCCAUCACCUGAAGAACUCCUGAAGUGGUUUAACCUGUUAAACCCGAGAGGACCCUAAUCCGGGUCCGGCGGGUCGUUUUUUCACGAAACUGUGUCUCAGGGCUUCUUAGUUUUAAAAAAUCUAUGAAUGUGUCAUACUCACUUAACGGUUAGAAACUCAGCUCACUGAUGAUACGAACCAUUUUUACCGAAACAAAGCACAAGUCUCACAAGAAGCUUCUAAAUUAGCCCUGAGCGAAAACAUGCUAAUGCACUUAGCACAGAACUCAAGGUAAAAAUACCCUUAUUACUUAUCGUAACUGCACAUACAAGAUAUCCGAUUAGAAAUUCCACAGAUUCUAUAGGUAUAGUAUCAUCACUGAGCGAUCCGAACUC